AUGCCUUCUGCACGAGCAGUUCCGAAUGCCAUCCGUAACUGCGCGCAGGUUGCACAGAGCCUCAAACUCUAUGACUGCCUCAUCAAGGUAACUCGCGCCGGGGCCAAGAAGACCGCCUUAUUCUGGCUGAGUUGCUACUUGAAGAAUGCCAGCGGUCUUCACAAAGAUGGGAUACUCGAGUGUCCUUUACUGAGCUACACAAAGUUUCAAUUUGAUCUGAUCGCCCAUUUCAACUAUGAUCCCGACAAAGACGAGCUCCGAUGGGAGAACAAGGCCUCUCAAGGCGUCAUGGUCAAAAAUGUCGCAGACGGUUGCACUUCUUCAUUUGCAGUUCUGAGCCACAAUAGCUGGGUGACUGCCCUUCUGGCUAUGCAAUCGGUGAAAUUUGCAAACCAAUCUGAAGCUUCUGGGGCCGGUUCUAAAUCGCCGUCUAUGACCGCCGCUACAUUCACGAUUGUGCGCAAGGAGAAGUCGGAGGACGAUGAUGAUGAUGACCCUCAAACGGCCACGGAAACCGAUUCUGAUACCGGCAUGAAUACCGAUGACGCCACUGAUAUCAGCGACGUCCAUGAUAUCAAUGGUAACAAGGACGCCAAUGGUAACAAGGACGCCAAUGGUAACAAGGACGCCAAUGGUAACAAGGACGCCAAUGGUAACAAGGACGACGAUGAAGACGAUGACACUGGUUCGACUGUGUAG